AUGGGCGAGAAUAUGGACGCUUCUAGUCUAUCAGAGGAAGCUCGUACUUUGUCCAACUUGAUCCGCAAACAUCGCGGCCGAAUUGUCAUUUAUACCGGUGCUGGAGUAAGCACUGCUGCGGAUAUUCCCGACUAUCGCGGGACCCACGGACUCUAUCGCAACUCAAACCCUUCAGGCCGGAGGAUAAUUAGUACCAAACUUCGGUUACCAGAAGCAAGCUUUGCUAAACCGACAUUUACUCACAUGGCUAUAUGUGCUUUAGUUUCUCACGGCUACCAAUGUCUUUCAUGUAAAAAAUUGACGCACCGCGCCUUCGACGUCGCCGAAACUACUGCAAGGGCCAGACAUCUGACUGGUCGUAUUUGUCCCUUCUGUUGUGACGCCCCUACGUUCUCAUCCUUGCAAAGAUCAAUCGCCCUUGAAACGCUUAAAAUUCUAGUUGAAAAGAAGAAAGCUUCCAAGGACGAUUCCGUAGCCGCUGUCCAUCAAGCAGCUCAGAAUGUCUGCAAAGAUUACGGUCUCUCCGUACCCACCUACGACGCCGCGAAGGAUCCAUUGCGUGAACUUUUUAUUCCCCUAAGUCCCGAAGAGGAGGAUUCUCGUACUCGGCCAGAUAUUUUUCAGCUGUGA